AUGGCGGGCACGGCGAAGCCGAGGGAGCUGCUGAAAGCGCGGCGGGACGCGGGCGAGGCCGGGGCGCUGGGCCGGCUGCUGAGCACCUCGGCCACGAAGGUGCUGCUGCACAAGAUCGAGUUCCAGCCCGCCAGCCACGGCUUCUCCGGCCAGCCGGAGCUGCUGCGGGCCAAGUACCUGCUGCUCAACCCCCGCACCGAGCCCGCCGAGCACCCCCGCGGCGCUGAGGAGGGACAGCCGGGCAAGCAGGGCAGCGACCGGACCCCGGGGCGCCUCGGGGACGGCGUCCCUGCGCCCCAGAAGGGGCUGUUCCCUGCAGGGCGCCUCGCCAUGCAGUGGCAGCGUGUCCAGCGCAUCGGCGCCGGGCUGCUCAACCUGGGAAACACCUGUUUCCUCAACGCCACCCUGCAGUGCCUCACGUACACGCCACCGCUCGCCAACUUGUGGGGCUUCCCCCGCGGCCCACAUGAGUCUGACGUCUGUCGCUGCCCCGAGGGAGGGCGGGAGGACCUGCCUCUGUUGCAGCGCGUGCUGCGGCUGAUCCCUCCCUCUCCUGCAGAGAUCGCCCCGCACAUCCGCUUGGGCAGGCAAGAGGACGCACACGAGUUCCUCCGUUUCACCAUCGAUGCCAUGCAGAAGGCCUGCCUGCCCGACUGCACCGAGUUGGAUCGCCAGACCCAAGCCACCACCCUGAUCCACCAGAUCUUUGGCGGUUCCCUGCGGUCCCGUGUGAAGUGCUCAAUGUGCAAAGCAGUCUCGGACACCUUUGACCCCUGUCUGGACCUGCCGGUGGAGAUCACGCAAGCCGCAAACGUAGAGCAGGCACUGGAGCUGUUUGUGAAGCCAGACCUGCUGGGCGGAGAGAACGCCUACCUGUGUGACAAAUGCAAGAAGAAAGUGUCGGCAACCAAACGCUUCACCAUCCACCGAGCACCCAGGGUUCUCACGCUUGCUCUGAAGCGUUUUGCUGACUUCACCGGAGGCAAGAUCACAAAGGACGUGGGCUACCCUGAGCUCCUGAACAUCCGCCCGUACAUGUCCCAGACCAGCGGGGAUCCGGUCAUGUACGGGCUCUACGCGGUGCUGGUGCACUCGGGGUACAGCAGCCACGCAGGACACUUCUACUGCUACGUGAAGGCCAGCGACGGGCAGUGGUACCAAAUGAAUGACAACGUGGUCCGCCCCAGUAACAUCAAGGUGGUCCUUAACCAGCAGGCGUAUGUGCUGUUCUACCUCAGGUGA